UAAAAUCCAAUUGCCUUUGCUUUCGCAGUAAAGUGUCGCCGCAUUUGUAGCCUUUUUUGGAAACCCUGUGCCAGGGAGAAAUGCCUUCACUGGGACCCACACAAACCCACCUACUCGAACCAUGGCGGACGCAAUCAGAUGCGCCUGGGACUCCUUUAACUCCGUGGUGAAUUACCUAGUCACGAUGAGGAUCUGCGAGAUACGACACUGCCUCGAGUUCCUCGGAGUGGCCCAUACGGAGGUGAUCGCAGGCGUGGUUCUCUUCAUCCUGAUGCAGUUCACGAAGUUCACGGCCGUCCUGCUGUUGGCCAUUUUCCUGGCCUACGGGAUAUUCUAUAUGUGGGAGACAUUCUUCCCGGAAAUCAGCCAAUUUGGUCACAGGGGUAUGAAGAUGUUCCGCAAUGUUCGCACCUCUGCCAAUUUACCACCUUUCACAUCUGACACGGAGGAUUCACCAGGGGAGUACUUAAUCAGUCCAAAAGUUAAGCAAUAUACUAGUGGCAUGGUGACCCCGAAUAACCUUAACAUGCCAAUGCUACUGCCUGUUUUGCAAACAAAAAAUCUGAGAACCACCAGCUUGCAAACGGACCCUAGAAAAAGGCAGGAAGAGGAAAACAGGAGGGCAUCCAGGGGAUCUCGAGGUCACUCAUCUCAUCGGGAAUCACAGGAAGCGGGAAAACACCGCCAAGAACGUCCCUACUGGCGAUCUGUUAACCCGGAAACGGAAAGGGAACAUCCCCACACCUCCAAAAAAUCUCACCAUGGUGGCGGUGGAGGAGGAGCAGGAGGUGGAGGAGGUGAGUCCAAACGGAUAUCAAAUGUCAUGCGAAUCCCGACCAUCACCAGUGGAGUAGUAGAAGCCAGGAGACUAUCCAAUGUGACCAGUGAGCAGCUGAAGCGACUCCCGAAUAUCACAAGUGGGGAAUACAGAAGAAUAUCCAACGAAGCCAGGAAGUUGCACAACAUAACCAGUGGAGAAAUCAUUGAAGCCCGAAGGAUACCGAAAGUAACCAGCAACACCCAUGAAUCCAGAUGGCUACCUAAUAUAACUAGUGGUGAUAUGAAGGAUUCACGAAGAGUUCAAAAUAUUACAAGUAAUUCCAAUGAAUCGAGAAGAACUAGCAAUGAAACGAAAGAAUCCCGAAGAGAAUCCCGAAGGGAAUCGCAAAGAUUACCCACUGAAAUGAAGGAAUCCAGGAGGAGCUCUCAUCCCCAGGGAGGUGGUGAGCCCCGUCGAACCUCUAAUAAUCAUAGAGAUGGAGGGGGUGGUGGCGAAUCCAAGUCCCGUCGUCUUGUGGAGAAAUCAUAUCCCCCUCAAGGUCGUCGACCCGAGGAGCCUUCAAAACAGCGAAGGAGCCACAAUGGAAAUUCUGGGGUAACUAGACGGCAAUUUCCGGACGAUCACUACGAGCGAUUGAAGGUGGAGAAUCGAGAGUUCCAGGCUCGUCGACUGCAGGCGAGUGGAGCGGGUGGAUUCCGCCAAAGUCUGAGUAAUCCCACCUCUGAGGGCGCUUUACUCACCAAACAGGAGAACUUCAUAGGAAAUCAUCGCCAAUUCGACAAAAGGGAAAUCCAAAGGAACAUGAAAUCUAGUAAUCCCAACAAGGAUGCCAGUCAUCGUUACAGACCCCAUCGCAUGCUUAAUCCGAUACUUUAAAAUGGACAGGCAAAGUAUAAGGAAAAAGUCUACCUUUCAAAGUGGAGAAGAUAGUCCCUCCCGAACCAGCACUGAAUCACGAAAGACUAUCCAGUUUGACGAGUAUCCAAAGACGGUUGAAUCCGAUGAAAGUAAUAGUUCGACAGAGAAGGAAAUCAAAACAUCUUCCAAAAAGGCUACGGUCAAGGAUACAAAACCCGAUACUACCCAGAAUAAGAAUCAAGGAUCCAGCCGUGAACAAGUAAACGAUCCCAAGGAGUACCCCUUUGUUAUAGAGAUUCCCGAGCAGGAAGAAAAGAUAAAGAAAAAGGGGAAUGUUUCCGCUAAAUCCAAAGAGAAGUUUUGCGAGCAUAAGAAAAAGUAAAAUAACUGAGCACACAUUUAUCAAAAUUUCUGUUUAUCACAAACCAAAUAAACCUGGCAAAGGCAUUUAAUAAAA